GUUUCGCAGCUCGCAGCAAAUAAUGUGUGAACAUGUAUUCCGAGUUGUGGAGAGUUAGACAACUGACAAUCCAGACUUUGCAGUAUACCUAUUUAGAAUGCGGCGGCGGCGCGAAAUGACGAGUUCGCAGGAGCCAGAGGAAAUUGUGGUACGAGCGAUGCAUUUGAUUGCCAUGUGCGAUGCUUCAGAGCUUCGCUCAUGAUCCUCUCGUCGUUUCGCUUCCUCAUUAUUGGUCUUUCGAUUCGCUUUUUACUAAAGGAGCAGCUGCCUGACCAUGCAUACCGGUACCAGCGAAAGCGAGAGCAAUUUCCUGGACAACAACACUGUCUCAUCUCAAACCCUGGACGCAGACUCUGAUUUGGUCAUGGUGCAGAUGGAACAAAACGAGGUCCCACUUGACGAGUCCUAUGCUGUUGCCACAACUACUGCCAAUACCACAAGAGCUGCUUCCGCUUCGCUACACAUGGAGGAAAAAGUACAACAAGAAGAUGAGCACAAGUUAUCUUUCCAUACUCUCCCCGACACGUCUUCCCCGCACUUUGGGUAUCGUCGCCGUGCUUCUCUUCCUGAAACCGACCGCAAGGCCAUGUCCACCAAAGAUGCGUUCGAGGUGGAUGCGUUAGAUACAGAAGCAGAUGAAGAUCCCAACUUGAUUUUGGAAGCAGCCACGACGGCCCCCGUCUUGGAAGUUCGGACAGGCGGAGUUGCAUAUGGUAGCUUGGUGGUAGCCGACGACGAUGAUGACAUUUCCACGCUGGCGAGUCAACACCUGAUUAUCCCACCAGGAGUUGAACCACGGGAACAUUCAACUACCACCACCAACACACUAUCUCUCAGUAUGAAGGACGUGGACAGUGGGGUACUGUCGGAGCGACUGUUUGCUAAGGUGGACGAUAACAGGGAAGACUUCACCUCCGUGACUCCGAAAGACGACGUUUGCGCGGACGCUGGUAGUACGAGCGAAAUCGAGGUAAAGGGCUUAGAGAAGGGAGGAAGUAACGAUGAGAAAAACGCAAGAUAUCUGAAGGAGGAGGAAACUGGAAACGAUAACAAACACAAGGGUUUGAAGGAAGAAGUUGAGUUGGAGGGAAAACGUAAGGCUUUGGCAUCGCCCUUGACUCGCGAGGAGCAACAACCGGGAUUGUUACACUCACAUGCCUUUGUGGCUGUGGGAGAGAGCCUGGUACGACAAAACACAACUGUUGCUCAUCAGCCCACCGUCGACAGCGGUCCGAAACGAGAAGACACCUCUCCAGAAAACAAACCAGACCCCGGCAAGCUACUAAUAGCUUCCAACAAUGUGAAUGAGGCGACGAAAACAGGCACCACGAAAACAGACUUGGACAAAGGGAUACUAGUAGCCUCCCCGUUAGAACCUGAUGCAGUGAAAGAGGGCGACAAGGAUCUGGAACACAGCAAUGCGACGAGCAAGCCGCGGGGGCCCACUGGGGUUGGCAAGAUUGCCAUUGCUUUUAUUUUGCUUACUAUCGCCGCGACAGUGGCAACUUUCCAUUGGAGACACCAGGUGUUCAUUUUCGCGAAACCUCAAGAUGGGACUGUGGAGGGUGAGCUUCCGGGGGCAAUUCCACAGAAUCGCAAAGAGUCUCCCGCAAGCGCAGCACUGGCGGACGAUCUUGAAGCCACCCCAAGGAUCGACCAUGCAGAUGACUUGAUCAAGACACAUGAUAUUGUGGAAGUCAUGGUGGACCUUGACAGCACCGUAGAGGAAACCUACAACUCGUCAACCAAUGAACAGGCUGCGAUGGAAAAGACGAACGCUUCCAUCAGUCGUUUAAUGGAGGCAUCCAUGCCUGAUGGUGUGGCCGUUGGUCCCCUGCAGGCGAACAAUGCUGAACAUACCCAAGAAGAAAUUGUUGUGCCUUUGCUUGCCGGUGUCGAUCAUGAUCAUCAUCAGACUGAAUCGUCACCGUUUCUGCAGCUGAACUCCAUGUUUGUUUGGGCCACCAUGGUGAUGAUUUGCUCGGCUUUGUCAAUCCGUUGGUGCAGCUGUAGCCAGCAAACAGACCUGGCGGAUACCUCCGGGGUCGCUGAUAGUACCACGCAGCGGAAAGGAAAGUCAGAGGGCACCCUCCAGGCAAACUGCUCAAAGAAGACACCUCGGACGAAAAGCAAGCCGAAGAUGAAGAAUGUCGACAUCAGAACCUUGGACAAGACAAACUACAUGAACAAAACCAAGGAAUACCUAAAGCUGAGACUGAAGGAACGUGGCCUCUCGACGAGAGGAGACAAGGGGAUCCUGGUUGAAAGACUUGUAGAAGGUUAUCACGAGGAGCUGAAUGGUAAAACGUACAGACAACUCCAAUACCUUUGCAAGGGGAAGGCUUUACUACAAAGUGGAACGACAGCCGACGUGAAGGUUCGCCUCUUGGAAGAUGGUUUGUGAUAUUUUUGUUCCACUGCGGUGUAGGUCAUUCAACAGAUGCUUUUGCUAGUCACGGAGAUCCCAGUUUCUCUUGUAUGCCCCAGCAUUAUCGUUUAGCUAGAUAUCAUUUUUAUGGACCGUAUUAAAGAAAGCUUAUCCCAGCUUUUCGCAAUGAAAU